AUGCAGCAAGAACCACCCCUUCCGAGGCCAUCAUCAACUGCAGCAGGUAAAAGAGAGCUAGAAGUUAAUCCACAUUCGAUGGCGCAAGAAGGCUCAACAAAGAGUAGGCAAUUUUCUCGAGGUUCCGACACCGAAGAAUCUGAGUACAAAGAAGAUUUGAUAUCAAUCCGAAAGGCGGAGAAAAAGGCAAAGAGAACCGAGCGAUACAUAGAAGAAGAGAAUCCGCUUUCUACGAUUACAAAGGCUUUUCGUAUGAUUGUGCCAGGCUACAAUACUGAACAUUCUCUACCAGCAUCUAUAGAGAGACGUCCACAUGAACGACAUAAUAUUUCUAGCUAUGGAGACAACUCUUCUCGGCCGCGUCAAUCAGCCGGGCAUACAGUGGAAAAUGUACCGAGCAUGAGAGCACAAAACCAAUUCGCUUCGCUGAAGGAAGACUAUAUUCAACAGCUUCAAAAAAAUGAUAAAAAACACGAGGCUGAGAGGAGAAAGCUCGAAGACUAUGUAAAGAUCCUUGAACUUCAGGUCCAAGACAAGGAGCAAAUCGCACGCACAUUACGAGCAAGAAACGGACAACUUGAGUGCGAAAAACAGGACAUAGAAGAACAGCACCGAGAUUUCAUUCGGAAACAACAGGAAACAACAUUCCGACAGAUGAAUAGCUCGCGUUGGGCGCCCCUUGAAGACAGUAAAGUUAUUGAAGAGUUUGAUAGACUCAAAAGAGACAUAAGAAGCUGGGCGAAAAAACAUUCGAAAAUUGAUAUGCCUACUAUCCUGGGGGUGCUUGACGUACACGAACGAAAGGCUCUAACUGAUGUCCUGAAAGAUGUGGUUGUCUUUAAAAAUAAUGAACUUCCUCAAGGAUUGUCUCCAAAAAAGAUUCCAGCACUACUUCUGACUGCUCUCGCCUCUCAUAAUGUUUAUACAACAUUAUUUCGAGAACCAUUCUUCUUUCUUGGGGGAGAAAGCGUCCUAUACUCAAACCUGAGGUCUGUCUAUAGAGCUGGCCUGCACUCAAACAAAGGAGAUGCCAGUACCUGGCGAUCCCAAACUUUGCGACUACUCUUACCCCCAGCAGAAAGUGCUUCAGGAACGGAAAUGGAUUUACAUCAUCGCACUGAGCAAAUGAUACUCGAUGAAGCAGACGAACAAGCCUCGAAGUUCCUCAAAGGCGCAGCGCAGUAUCUUGUCAGCGAUGAAGCUCGAGCCGACGCUGGGGACAAACUCAAAGCUAUCUAUCGAGAGGCAGCCACUAUGUCGUACAAGCUGUGGUCAAGAAGAACACUUUUGUCGUGCACUACUUUGAGCAACUUGGAUCAUCCAACUUUUGAACCAAAUAAUAAAUAUAUGGUUGCGCAUUCUUCGGUUGAUUACGAAAAGCACGAGAGUUUGCUGUAUGGAAAACCUAUUAGCAUAAUCGUGCAUCCAUGCUUGAUCGUCUUCGGAACAGAUGAUGCUAAGGAUUACGACCAGCAACGUGUAUGGGCACCGGCGGAAGUAUGGCUUGACAGCAGUGUCUCAUCCGACAAUUAG